UUACUUUUGAAAUGGCGACAUUUCCGGACGCAGCAACGCGGCGGCAUGACUCCGUGUCCGCGCUGUUUAUGAGGAAAGUCAGAUUUAUUUUUGUAUUUAGAUAGAAACAAGUGAACGUUUAGUUAAGCAUUUAUUCUUGAUCCCUACGUGCCGUUUAUAGUUCCUGCAAUUACAAUGGGAAAACCAGAUUUCAACGGCGGAGGUCGCGGAGGCGGCGGCGGUAGAGGCGGAGGACGAGGCGGCGGCCGUGGAGGCGGACGGGGGGGAUUUGGAGGAGGCGGAGGCCGAGGAGGUUUCGGCGGCGGCCGAGGCGGAGCCGGCGGCGGCAAGUUUGAGAAGCGCGGGGGCGGAGGCCGGGGCUUCGGCGGACGCGGGGGCGGCGGUCGCGGCAGGGGAGGACCUCCAAAAAGGGGAGGUUUCAAGGGAGGAAAGCAAGUUAUCAUUGAACCACACAGGCACGCUGGUGUUUUUAUAGCUAGGGGCAAAGAAGACGCAUUGGUUACAAAGAAUUUGGUGCCUGGUUCAGAAGUUUACGGUGAAAAGCGGAUAUCUGUUGAGAACGAAGGCGAGAAAGUGGAGUACAGAGUAUGGAAUCCAUUCCGGUCCAAAUUGGCCGCCGCUAUCAUGGGCGGAGUGGACGCUAUACACAUGCCUCCCGGUUCCAGGGUCCUGUAUUUGGGGGCUGCCAGCGGUACCACAGUUAGUCAUGUUUCGGAUAUUGUUGGGCCGGAGGGUCUGGUGUACGCAGUGGAGUUCUCGCACAGAUCCGGACGAGAUCUGAUAAAUGUUGCCAAGAAAAGGACAAAUAUUAUACCGAUUAUUGAAGAUGCAAGGCAUCCAUUGAAAUACAGAAUGCUAGUCGGCAUGGUAGAUACAAUUUUCGCUGAUGUAGCCCAACCGGACCAAGCGAGAAUCGUGAGUUUGAACGCUCAACAUUUUUUGAAGAACGGCGGACAUUUUGUGAUAUCAAUUAAGGCCUCAUGCAUAGAUUCAACGGCGCAACCGGAAGCUGUAUUCGCUGCGGAAGUGAAGAAAUUACAAGCUGACAAAUUGAAACCGCAGGAACAACUCACAUUGGAGCCCUACGAAAGGGAUCACGCGGUAGUGGUGGGGGUUUUCAGACCGCCUCCGAAGAAAGCAUAGACAAUAUAGACUAUUUUUUUAAUUUUGGUGCCUAAUGUGAGAAGUGCAUUUGUUGUGAAAUGUGGAAUUUCGGUGUUAUGUUUUUAUUUGAAUUGAAAAUUACAUGCAAUAUUUUUUUGACAUAGAAUUUAAACGUUGUAAUUAUUUUUUCAAGAUAUUAUAAUCAUGUCUUUAUUGGCCCAUAUGGAAUAGACAGAGCCAUUAGUAUCACAAACACUGAAAGGCCGCGUUCAGAUUGAUGAUGUAUGAGAUUUUUCAACAUGUAAAUGCACAAUACUAUGUAUUGCUGCUACAGAUUGUCAUAUUAUUCAUUAUUUAUGUAAUUUGUACAUAAAUUUUUAUAUAAAUUGAAACAUAACACUAUUUUCAAAUGUUAAGCGAUUGUAAGAUAGGACAUACAAGGUGAUGUAUGAUAGUUUUAAGUAAAUAUAUUUGUAAUAAGAGUACAUA